AUGGGGAAUUGGAGAACUGGAUUAUGGGGAAUUGGAGGAUUGGUGAUGGGGAAUUGGGUUAUGGGGAAUUGGAGAACUGGGUUAUGGGGAAUUGGAGGAUUGGGUGAUGGGGAAUUGGAGAACAGGGUGAUGGGGGAAUUGGAGAACUGGGUUAUGGGGAAUUGGAGAACUGGAUUAUGGGGAAUUGGAGGACUUGGUGAUGGGGAAUCGGAAAACUGGCUAAUGAGACUUUUUGCUAAGUAUCUGUGAGAUUUAUUUAUUUACUUACUCACUUUCACCUGAAAAAGUAUAUACAAUAUAAACUAAAAGAGCACAUAUAACUCUCCUGAUACACUUUUUAAAUUUUGCUCACAUUUCACACUACUUACAAAUAUUGUUCACUAUUGUUCGUGGGUUUCUCACCUUUUAGCAAAUGCCACAUGUACACUGACAACUAAUUUAUACCAUUCACAUUGAUAUUUUAAUGCGCUUUGACCGUCAUAGUAUAGUUGCUGCAGUGCAGUGCAGUGCAGUGCAG